AUGCACGUACGAAACGGACCCGCGACUGAAUUGCUGUCCACUCGGAGAUGUUUUUCAUCCGUCUACAGAGUAGUCUACGUAGUUUGCUCGAUAUGUUAUACUCCGGACCGAGAACUCUACGGAUCCGUCAUGCAAGCUGAAUUUCUUUUUUGUUUACGAUAUGUUUCUUUGAGUGAGUGGUUCCACUGGAAUAGCGUUCGGGAUGGAGAAGUCGGGGCGGAGGAGGAUAACGGACCCCCCAGGCUAUCCUAUCUGCCAAUGAGAAAGAAGUCCAACGGAUCCGUAUCUACACAUAAAACAUACGGGAUCAUAUUGAGAGAGAGAGAAUUGGGAGUCCAUCCGUUCACCCCAGAUCCUCCGUUCACCCACCCCCACCAAGUUACACUACAAAUCCACAUUACCAUUCCCCUCAGUCUUUUUUACCCUCGAUCAUGUGAUUCGUUUAUUCUCAAGAUUUAUGGAAAUGGCUCGACAACAUGUAGUUGCUGGAAUUAUAGAAAAUAG